CCACAUCACAACAACUUAUCCACCUAACAAUCUCAAAAUGAAUCACACAACCUCCCUAAACUCCCUCUACCAAAACUCAACCCAAAACCAAUACACAACCCCACAAACCCAAUCCCAAGCCCUCAACACGCUCUCCUCGUCCGUCUCCUCCCUCCGAUCCUCACUCAGCCUCCUCGACUCCUCAAUCUCCAUUCUCGAUGCAGGAAUCUCCGAUUUUCCACGACUAAAGAAAGUCCUGACAAGUACACGCGUAUGAACCCCAUUACCCCCUCGCCCAAUAUAUUUAUCACCCCAAAAACUUCCAAGAAAACACUAACAAAAACAAUACACCCAGCACUUCGAACUCACCCCCUCCACAACCCUCUCCGCCGCCCAAGCCUCCCUAGCCGCCGAACUGGCCCCCGCAAUCAACACCCUCCUCGCCCGUAGCGAGUCGCACAUCGCGAAACUCGAGCGACGAGAACAAGCCCUGAUCGCGCGAUCCGAGCUCCUCGAAGGCCGUCUGUCGAACGACGAAUCCCAGGGAUUGAGGAAGAAACGAAGUCUAGACCGAUUGGUAUCUGGGAAAUUGGAGAGCGAGACGGGUGAUGAGGGGAGGGUGUUGAAGCUCAAGGCGCUGAGACAGAAAAAGGAGCGUCUUGGGUAUGCGGUGGAGAGGUUGGGACUGCAGAGUCAGCAGAGGCAGAGGCAAUUGAGGAUGAGCGUUGCGGCUGGCACGAACUUGGGUGGUCUGGAGGAUGAAUAGAUGGAUUUGGGAGUUUUGGGGGGGGAAAUAUCAACUUUCGACGCCAAAAUGGAACGCGAAUGACAUGCGAGGAAAUGGAUAAUGAUGAUAUGAGCUAUCAGGAGCGAGGAGGUCGACACUGGGUCGCAUCAAAGAUACCCAGGAAGAGCGGACGGCGAGUUGUCAUUUGAUAUCUAUCUAUACUGCUACGAUUUCUUCGACUUGAUGAUCAUUACUACGCCUUGCGCUAUGCAUCAAAUCCGAUUCCCUCUUAUAAUGUGACCCGCUCAAUAUGUCAUCAUUCGUUUCCAACUUUUACGGAUUUUUCCUCUACAGCUUCACUAGUUGAAAAGACUUCCUCUUCACCAGGAAAAUCACCAAAAUUCAAACCAGCCCAUCCCUCUUCUACAGUCCAUUUUCGACUGGAAUCGCCCUUGAUUAAUGCUUCACAUGAUCUCCCAAGAACUAGCAAUCCAGGAGGUCGACUUCCUUCGCUCUCAAUGGCGCUGGUUACGAACUCCAAAGUGGUUCGAAUCACACGUUGAUCCGGACAACUGGCUCGCUCGAUAACAGCACAUGGCGUAGAAGUCGGCCACAGUCUCCUGCUACGAUCUACCACUUCCACUCCAUCUUCUGAUGGAAGCAAUAUCUUCGCAUCUGCUGAAUCCCAUGUGGUCAGAUCCUUUACCAAGGCGCCGAUUCUAUGUAAUGCCAUCAAAAAGACAACCGUCCUAGUUUCUACAAACUCUGGCGGUGUGGAAGGCUUUCCUUUUCUUCCUGUUCCCGUGCAUAUCAACACUUGAUCGCUGACUGCCCUCUGAGUCGCUGGAAUUAUUGCAAACAUUGGGGCACUAAGGGCACUUGUUAUACCCGGAAGUACACAAAUGUCCUUCUCGUAUCCCUCUUUACGGAAGAACUCGUAUUCUUCCCCUCCCCGACCAUAUAUAUACGGAUCACCUUGUUUAAGUCGAAGUACUGUUUUUCCUGUCUUGACACCCGCAAGAGCCAUUGACAAUAACUCUUCUUGUGCUUGCUCCGCAUUACCCGGGAACUUACGAGCGAUAUGAACAGGUGUCCUACGUGGUAUAAGAUCAAGAACUCCGGAUGGGACGAGUUUGUCCGCCAAAAUCAAGUCUGCAGAUAGAAUGGCUUUGUGAGUCGCACGAGUAAGGAGGUCUGGGUGACCUGGACCGCUUCCAGCCAAAAUUAUGCGUCCUUUCCUUUGGGUGGACGUUGAAGAACUUCGCGUAUGGUCAAGUGAAGGUGGCGAUGAUACAGAAUGUGCAGAAUAGGAUUCGAGAGCUGUGUUUGCGUCCGCAUCCGUUAUAUUUGCCAGUCGACGAAGUGGCCAGUAUUCGCAAAUCUGGGAAAGCCAUCGUAUUCUUCUAUUUUUCGCAGCGUCAAAAUCAGCUUCAGUAAUCAGUUUGUUGAAGCUUGACGACUGAUCCACUGAUUCCUCUUCAUCGAGCUCGACGGGGGCGGCAGUAUGGCAGAGGUGGUCCUCCUCUUGUAUCUUUCUUCGAAUCAUUCCCAGCCGGGAACAAGCUGCGCCCAGAUAUGGAGGUAGUGACGAAGCAAUCUCUCUCCGUAUCCUGGAAGAGAGCUUGCAUCCUCGACCAUUCGUCGUGACUCCUAUCUGCAGAGGGCCGUCUGUGUAGGUGGAAAGGAGACUAAAAGUGCAGAGUGACGGAGCGUCCGACACAUUGACCGGAAUUCGAUUUCUCUUGCAGAGCUUCGAGAUAUGAGCACCUUCGAAGAAUGUCAACUUCAGAUUUCUGGGUAAUUCCCAAAGGGGUGUUUUAACAUACUCAAUGGAUCCCGAGACCCUGAGGUAACAAACACAGCAUCAACCACCCCACCAAUCUCUUCCCUCCCAAGCCGGAGUACAUCCUCAUCCUCAAACGACUUCUUUACCCAGGUAACUUGUCCGCUGUCUAUCCUGUUCUGCAAGGCAUAAUGGAGUACCGCAGACUCGGGGGCGAGUAGUAGGGGCUUCGCGCCCACUUCGAGGGAUUUGGCACAUCUUGCUGAUGCCAGGGGAUUGGAGCCGAUGAUGAGAUGCACAUGAGAUGUGCAGUCAAUUGAGGUAAGGAGGGAUACGGGCUCCAUGGUGAAUACGAUGGAGAGAAGUCGGCGUGCUCAGAGUGGUGGAUAUGUUGCGCGUGGUAGUGCGUUAUGCUUGUUGAAUGACUGAAGGCAAAAGAGAAGCCUCACAAGGUCGUGGCAAAGAAAUCAGAGAGUAAGCAGUAAAUCAGAAAACAUAAAGAAACCAUCUAGAAGUAAAGAAAAGAAGUUAAGAAAGAUGUCGCCAUCGC